GUACGAAUCGCUAUUUCACAAGUAGCAAAGUAAAGUUGUAAGGUUUGGACGAGGGGUGAAUGAGCACGUGAAUUAGAAGAACAGACUUGCAUCUUCUGAAUGUCUCAACGAGCUAUCGUGCUGACUUACAUAUUUGCAUUCGUACAGGCGCAACUCCAAAUCUGCAAGGCUCGGAAAGGCGGCCGGAUUAUCAGAGCCGCUGAGAAAAGCGAAUGCCGGUGCUAGCGAGGUGUUCAUGAGACACCUUGAGCGUCCAGUCUCAAAAGCGAGCGUCGUUGCAAUGAUCCGUACACUGCACUGUUCAAAACGCUGUGAGUGCAGACAAGAAAGGCUUAAACCUCUUACAAAAGAGUCCCAUAUCCACACUGUAGAUGUUGGAGAGCAUACUCCUUACCACAAUAAUAGACAUGACUGUCCCUUAAUCUCCUCCCUUUCAAGGAGAUGCCUGGGCAGUGGCUCAUGCUCGAGUACGAGCUUGGCUAUUCUGAGUAUCCAGUGUAUGGAGUAUAUUGCACAUCUUGUGCGAUUGCUUGAUGAACUCGUCGAGCAUACAUCCAGCCGCAAGUCUAGAUGGCCGGAUUUGGUUUCGGAAGAAGUGCGAUCGGCACAUGGAUGCAAGUCAUCGACGUUCGGCACGUGCAUGUGGAACAGAAAAAAGGCAUGGGAAGAACGGUCACUAGAACAUGUCUGAGGGACACAUGGGCAUGAUGCAAACCGUAGAGCUCAUAAAUUCAUUACUAUGGAAGAAACAAUGUUUGCCAUAUUUGUUCUGGCUCUCGAAUUCAUCGAGACCUUCACAGCCAUAUACCUCU